AUGCUACUCUUGACGUUAUUCGCUGUAUUUAUCGGGUUAUCCUCGGCGCGAAUACUCCCUGACCAAAUUAUUCCCGCCCUAUCGAUUAAAGCGGAAGCAGCUUUACCAACGAAAAAUGGGCCUUUAGACCCUGGCAACGCGAUUAUCGGUGGUACCACGGCCUAUAUCGGGCAAUUCCCGUCGCAAGUCAUGUUUCGAGUGAGCAUCACCUCUCAAACCGAGCAAAUCUGCGGCGGGACUAUCAUAGGGGAUCGCUGGGUGCUCACUGCUGCUCAUUGCCCCAUCGUUUCCGGCACGCAAAUGAUCUACGGGACGACGGUUCCGGAUGAUACGAAAGAUUAUGCGCAAUUCGGGGAGGUCGAAUCAUUCAUCCCUCAUCCAGCAUUCGGACAACACGGCUUCGAGGAAGACCACGAUAUCGCAAUUGUUGAGCUGGAAGAACCGAUCAACUUCACGAGGUACAGAUCAUACGUUGGUAUCGCCCAGCUACCAAUCUCCAACCAAAAAUUCGACGAAGAGACGGGUGUCGUGUUGGGAUGGGGAGCAUAUAAAGACGAUGACCACGUGGUGGACCAAGUGAGUCGUUCGCUCCAAUACGCCCAGGUGCCAUUGAUAUCUUCCGGGGAAUGCGAAGCCAGAUGGGAAAAACUGCCGGCCGACUAUUCGAGCGGCUUCCAGGUGUCGGGCAGCCAGCUAUGCGCCGGAGCUAACUGGAAGGGAACCGGAAAGGGGGACAGCGGCGGCCCGUUGCUGAUCAAGCACAAUGGCACAUGGAUUUUGGCAGGCAUCACCUCGUUUGGGGCGAACGCAGAACCCUAUUAUCACGACCAAGGAACGGCGCCAGGUAUCUACACCCGAGUCGCCUCCUACUGUGAUUUCAUCAAGCAUAAUACUCAAGGGGAAGUCACCUGCUCAGCCCACCAGAUCAUCCCAGCCCUAAUUAUCAAAGAAGAGCCAACAGUGCCGUUGAAUAAAACCAAACUACAGCCUGGGAAUGCGAUUAUCGGGGGUGGCGCGGCAAGAGAGGGUCAAUUCCCUUGGCAAGUCAUGUUCCGAGUACCAGUGCCGAAGGAACCGGAACAUCUGUGUGGCGGGAGUAUCAUUGGUGAUAAAUGGAUCCUCACCGCGGCCCAUUGCAAGAUGGCUGCCGGCACGGAAAUGACGUACGGCACGUUGCUGUCGGAAAAAGGCGCCGCCAACGCAUUAACGGCACAGGUCGAAGCAUUCAUCCAACAUCCAUUAUUCGGAGUACAUGGCGCCGGGGAAGAUCAUGAUAUUGCGGUUGUGAAGCUGACAGCCCCGCUCCAAUUCUCUUCUGCUGCCAACAAGAUCAGCCUCCCCAGCGACAACCAGCAAUUCUCGCAGCAUAACGGUGUUGUCACUGGAUGGGGAGCGCAUCUUGAUCCGAAUAACAAUGUGGUUGAUGAGGUGAGCCCGACAUUGCAGUUUGCUGUCGUUCCGUUGUACUCACUCGCCGAUUGCCAGGAUCGCUGGGACAAGCUGCCGAAAGAGAUGAACGAGGACGUGACCCUUACCGACAGCCAGUUAUGUGCCGGCGCCAAUGGAAGGGGAACCGGAAAGGGGGAUAGCGGUGGGCCAUUGGUGAUCGAUAAUGGGCAUGAAUAUGUCUUGGCGGGCAUCACCUCAUUCGGCGCCAACGAGGAUAAGUAUUACCUCGAUCAGGAAUUGGCUCCAGGUGUCUACACCCGCGUCGCUUCCUAUUGCGAUUUUAUCGCGGAUAAAACAGGCGGAGAUGUCACCUGCGCAUCGCACACCAUUUCAAUCAGUUUCGCCCUAAUUUUCGUGACAACUCUGGCCAUUUUAAGAUCAUCGGCGGAAAUUCCGCUUACCCCGGCCAAUUUCCUUGGCAAGUCCUGUUUCGCGUCAGAAUCUCGUCCCAAGUCGAGCAACUUUGUGGCGGAAGCAUCAUUGGUGCUAGAUGGUAUCCCGGGUACUGAGAUGAUCUACGGAACUGUUGACCCAUCAGGAAAUUCCCCGGAUGCCCAUAUUGCAAAGGUGUCAUCUUUUAUAAAGCAUCCAGCUUUUUCGCAAAGUGGCAAUGAGGACGAGCACGAUAUAGCCAUCGCAGAGCUCCAAAACCCUAUCGACUUCAACGCGAACAUCGCCCAGAUCAGCCUACCCACCGAAAAUCAGGAAUUUUCGGAAAGUAGCGGAAUUGUCACCGGAUGGGGAGCAUAUAACGACGGAAACGACAUCAUCGAGAAGGUCAACCCGACACUCUACUACGCGACUGUACCACUGAUCACACUCGAGGAGUGCGAGGCAAGGUGGGCAAAGCUGCCACUCGACUAUACAAAUGGAUAUCACAUUGCCGAAACGCAGCUUUGUGCCGGUGCCUAUGGUAGAGGGACCGCAAAGGGAGAUAGUGGAGGUCCGCUGGCCGUCAUGCAUCAGGGAAAUUAUGUGUUGAUUGGCAUCACAUCAUUUGGGAUAAAUCUCGGCCCGCUGUAUUAUGAUCAAGGCGCGGCACCAGGUAUCUACAGCCGAGUCGCUUCCUAUUGCGAUUUUAUCAAGCAGAAUACUCAGGGAGACGUCACCUGCUCAUCCCAUUCGACCUCAUACAUUUUUUCGCUCAUUUGUCUAUUUAUUUUUGUAAGUUAUAAGUUG